AUGGCGCUGGUACUGGUGGCGGCGGCUGUCGUUCCGGCUGGGGCAGGGUCGGUCACACCACGUAGCUCGGACGCCGUUCUCCGCAACAACAUCACGUCGGCAGACAACACGUCGCGCGACGCGCGGGUGGAGGGUGACGUCGAAGUGCUUGACCCACUGAGCUACACCGGCGAGCUGACGGUGGCCCGCGGCGGUGUGCUGCGUGUCAAAGCUGCGUUCUCGGCGGCGUCAGUCGUGCUCGAGGCCGGUGCUGCGCUGCAGACGCAGGCAGCAACGACGGUGACCCGUCUGACGGUGGCUGCCGGAGCUGGCGUUGAGGCAACCGGCGGGAGUUUGACAGUCACUGCUCUGGUCUCGGCCGGGAGUCUCAAGCUCGACGGCCAGGCGGUGGCGGUGACCGACGCCACACUCAGCCAGUCGGCGAGCUACGAGCUGGCGGUGAGCGGGUCAGCCGACUCGGCAACGCCGCGGCUGGCGGUGGCUGGCGUUCUGCGCCUUGAUGGCCCCGCCGUCAUCACUCUCAGCAUCCGCCCAGGCUUUGUCUUCCCGGUCAAUGCCACCAUGACUGUGGCUAGCCUCGGUACGGUGCUCGGCGAUUUUGGCUUUGUCCGCAUCGUUCACAUGGAUCGCACGGCGUCCGCUCGCUCGCUGCUGCAAGAGAGCGGCGUCGCCGACUACGGAGUUGUGCGGUGCACAUCAGGCUCGGGCUGCGUCGUGACCGGCAUGUCCAACCGCGGUGACAUUGUUGAAGAGUUCUCCGACUCGGCCCACACCCACCUGUUCAUCGGCCUUGUCUCAGCCAUCGGCAUUUGCGUGGUCUUUGCGCUUGCGGUUGCGUUUUAUGCCGUCGCCAAGGCCCGCGAGCACGACAAUGCGUACCAAGCCGUCAAGGAUCGCGAGAGCGAGCUGGCGCUGCUGCAAACACGCCAGCGCCUGCGCCGUAAGCGCGACUCGCUCGGCACCACUCGGCGUGGUGCAGGCAGCGACUCGUUGUCGCCGGCCGGGUCGUAG